GGUGAAUCCAGAGUGUUUCCUUCAUGAUCAUCAACAACAUCAAAGCGUCGGUCCGUCACCACCUGUUGACGAUUUCCAGCUGAUGGCAGCUGCCUCCCUCCAUCACUUCGAAGCUCGAGGUUUCAAGAAUUAUUGCUUCUCUUAGCUUUCAUUUCAGUCUAUUCCCCCCUUCUCUCGAUGUCUGGCCGAGGCACCGCUAUCUCUCGUCCACGCGGUCGGCCUGCCAAAGUCACAAAGCCUCCCAUUGGCGCCGGUCGAGGACGCGGAAAUCGCCCAUCGGUCGGGGCAGACCAACUCCAGGUCCAGCUAGCUCGAGCCGACGAUGAACACCACGCCGGCAGCCAGCCGCCCGUGGUAAAGCACGACCAUUUGGCGGACGAAGAGGAGGACGAUGGGCAAGAGGACGCGUCGCACGCGCACCCUCAUCAGCCACAGCACCAGCAAUUUGAUAUUGGCGCGUCGGCCUCCCCCCACGCCAUGCUCCCCAACGGUCAAGGGCAACAACCGGGCGGGCACCAAACUGCCGACGCCGACAUUCAUCCCGACCUCCAGAACCUAGUCCCUGGUGCCCAUACAGGUGCCAGCCAGCAGCCCCAACAACCUCAGCAGCCGCAGCAGGGAUUCGCCAUGGAAGCUCCCAUGGAAGCUCCCAUGGACACCCCCACCACACGAACCGCCAUGGAAAUGGCCCAAGAGAGCGGUUACCCAGAACUCCUUAUCGAUAGCGCUCUCGCGAAACGUCUAACUGACGUUCCCGGCGAGCGCCUAGCCGUCCAGCGUCGCCAGGACCAAGUCCUCAACCUCAAGCGCCGCAGCAACGUGGAGGCGCUACUUGCCCAAGUAUCGGGCCAAGAGGCGCACAGUCCCUGCAAGAGUUGCCAUAAAGGAUACGGUCCUUGGAGCGGCUGCAUUGUGGUGAGCGGCCAGAUGUGCGGGAGUUGCGCAAAUUGCUGGUUCAACGCCAGUGGUUCGCGGUGUUCGUUCCACGAAACGAACCUCCCCCAGGCACAACAGCACAUUCCUGCCAUCCAGCUGCAGCAGGCCGCAGGCGCGGCCGGCGCCUUCGCCAUCCCAGCUGCAGCCUUAGCCGUCCAGACGCAGCUCCAGCAACAGCUCGCGCCGCAGACCCAUCCCGGUUUCGCCCCCGGCGGCCUCGACCAGUACGUGCGCGUCAUUCUCGGCCGCGCCAUGGUCGAAGCACGCGCCGACGACCCGCACAUGCGCUUCCAGUUUCGCAUCGAGACGGCCGCGCGCCAGCUCGCCCUGGCGACGGCCGAGUACAACGACUUCUUGGCCCAGGAGCAGCAGGACCAUGAACAACAACAACAACAACAACAACAGGCACAGGCACAGGCAGACGGUGGCGGGCCCGGCGCGGGUCAGCAGGGCGCUCCCCGGAGUAAUAACGGACCUGAUGCGACGACGCGGGAUGGCGAGGGAGGCGACUAAGAAUGGCUCACGGCAUCUAGUUCCGAGUGAGGAUUGGGAUCGGUACCGCCCGGGGUAUUAAUUUUUUAUGUCAACUAUUUCGGUAUACCUGGCAGCACAGGACGGAGAAAUGGAAGGAAGCGGGACUCGUUUCUUCUUGUCCGUCGACAAGGGAGCGAGGCGUGUAUGAAAUUAAACUACUUGCACCAUCUUGGUUUACCUUCCAUGGACUGUCUGGAAUUCGUCGUUUCAUUGGGUACUAAGGGGGAGUUUGGCAGGACUCAGAGGGUUCUCACAAGCUGGUCUUCAAUCCUUCCGUAUCUGGCUGGGUCAUUGUCGUCCCUCUUUCAGGCCGCCUCGAUCGAACAGAAUGACGAGAUAAAUGAAUAGGCAGAAGAUAAAUAUUAUAUGGGCUAGCCGAUAGGCAACGGCGCGUACU